AAGGUUUGGGUUUUAAAAAGGAGCAUUCACAUCGAAGAACAAACGGCGUGGAGAAGAUCUCGAUCCCUAAUCCUCGAUUCUAAAAUCCAACGCCUUUGAUUGCUGCGGUGGGAGCAGAUUGUCGCUCCAAUGGCGCCUCCUCCACGGCGGUGGCUGUUGCUCUUCGUCUUCCUCUUGUCUCAGCUUCUUUCCGCUCUCGGAGGGAAAAGCUAUUAUGACGUGUUGCAAGUUCCCAAGGGCGCUUCUAUGGAGCUGAUUAAGAGGGCUUACCGGAAGCUGGCUCUGAAAUACCAUCCAGAUAAGAACCAGGGCAAUGAGGAGGCCAACAAAAAGUUUGCAGAGAUCAAUAAUGCAUACGAAGUGCUGUCGGACCCGGAGAAUAAAAAUAUCUAUGAUCGGUAUGGAGAAGAGGGACUCAAGCAGAAUGCUGCUGGUGGGGGAAGGGGUUCAGGAAUGAACAUCCAAGAUAUAUUUAACGAAUUUUUUGGAAAUGGUGGUCACCAGGAAAAACAGGAAGAAGUGAUACCAAAAGGUGACGAUGUAAUUGUCGACUUGGAUGCCACACUAGAAGAUUUAUACAUGGGUGGCUCUUUGAAGGUAUGGAGGAAAAAGAAUGUCAUAAAGCCAGCUCCAGGUAAGCGGCACUGUAACUGCAGAAAUGAAGUAUACCACAUUCAACUUUCUCCAGGAAUAUUUAAGCAGAUGACCAAACAGGUCUGUGAGCAAUGCUCAAAUGUGAAGUAUGUGCUAGAAGGUUACUUCAUUACAGUAGAUAUUGAGAAAGGGAUGCAAGAUGGACAAGAGGUGCUAUUCUAUGAGGAUGGUGAACCAAAGAUUGAUGGAGAAGCUGGAGAUCUGAAGUUCAGGAUUCAAACAGCACCUCACAAACAGUUCCGACGGGAAGGGAACGACUUGCAUGCAACCAUCACCAUUUCACUGCUUCAAGCGCUUGUAGGUUUUGAGAAGACCAUUAAGCAUCUCCAUGAUCGACGCGUUGAAAUAGGCACCAAGGGUAUCACGAAACCAAAAGAGGUGAGGAAGUUCAAAGGCGAAGGGAUGCCACUGCACUUAAGCACAAAAAAAGGAGAUUUAUAUGUAACUUUUGAGAUUUUGUUUCCCAAUUCUCUAACUGAUAAGCAGAGUAGUAAGAUCAAGGCGAUUCUUUCGUAAGGUUUUUUUAUUAUGUUUUAGAUUUAGGAGAUUAGUACGAUCCUUCAGGAGAUGGAUAAUCCCCUUGCAGAGUAAUUUUGCAAGUGAUCUUUUGUAAGUGAUAUCAAUUGAUUUAUAUCAUUUCUACUCUUGAGACAAGCUUUGAAUAUUUAACGUGGAU